UCAAUACUGGCAGUCGCCGCCGCAACGAAUGGAGGCGAACGGGUGGACCAGACAUCACCGAGGAAUUUCUUCUCUAUCUGAAUAGCUCUUCCACGAGCACACGGAGGAUUUAAACCCAAAACAAAACGGAGAAAAAGAAGUCCUUCACUCAAUUUUUUUUUUGAAAUAGAAAAGCUACCUUUUCCCUCCGAGCGGAUCGAUUGCCCGUCAUUUAAAAAAAAAGGGCGUGUGUGCGGAGUGAAGGCAGUUUUAACCAUUUAAUGUGGCUGUAUAUGGUGUUUUAGGUAUAUUUUUUCAAACCAUCUGGGUCUGAAGGACAUAGUCUAAGAUGGGAUGCACAUUGAGCACGGAGGACAAGGCGGCGGUGGAGCGCAGUAAAAUGAUCGACAGGAAUCUGCGGGACGACGGGGAGAAGGCAGCCAGGGAGGUCAAGCUGCUGCUGCUCGGUGCUGGAGAGUCAGGAAAAAGUACAAUUGUCAAGCAGAUGAAGAUCAUCCAUGAGGCGGGAUACUCAGAAGAGGAAUGUAAGCAGUACAAGGCUGUGGUCUACAGCAACACCAUACAGUCCAUCAUCGCCAUCAUCAGAGCCAUGGGACGCCUCAAGAUCGACUUUGGAGACGCUGCGAGAGCUGACGAUGCACGGCAGCUGUUCGUGCUUGCGGGCUCUGCAGAGGAAGGCUUCAUGACAGGAGAGCUCGCCGGCGUCAUCAAGCGGCUGUGGAAGGACGGAGGCGUUCAAGCCUGCUUCAGCCGUUCGCGAGAGUAUCAGCUCAACGACUCGGCAGCAUACUACUUGAACGAUUUGGACAGGAUAUCCCAGGCCACCUACAUCCCGACCCAGCAGGAUGUCCUGAGGACCCGAGUCAAAACCACAGGCAUUGUGGAGACGCACUUCACAUUCAAGGACCUGCACUUCAAGAUGUUUGAUGUCGGCGGUCAGCGGUCUGAGAGGAAGAAGUGGAUCCAUUGCUUCGAGGGUGUGACCGCCAUCAUCUUCUGCGUGGCGCUUAGCGACUAUGACCUGGUGCUGGCUGAGGACGAGGAGAUGAACCGAAUGCACGAGAGUAUGAAGCUGUUCGACAGCAUCUGCAACAACAAGUGGUUCACGGACACCUCCAUCAUCCUCUUCCUCAACAAGAAGGACCUUUUUGAGGAGAAGAUCAAAAAGAGUCCUCUUACCAUCUGCUACCCAGAGUAUGCUGGCUCCAACACGUACGAGGAAGCAGCUGCCUACAUCCAGUGUCAGUUUGAGGACCUGAACAAGAGGAAGGACACCAAGGAGAUCUACACCCACUUCACCUGCGCCACAGACACCAAGAAUGUGCAGUUCGUGUUUGACGCCGUCACUGACGUCAUUAUCAAGAACAACCUGAAAGACUGUGGACUCUUCUGAGGAAGACAAGGAAAGAAGAGAGAACUUUAUUUCUUGGCAGUGGGGCCACUUUAUUGAGCAUCUUCGGCGGGAAAGAUGAGAAGAGUCGGGAGGAUCAGUCACGGACCAGUGCUGUACUAUACGCCACUUUUAACAGCUUUAUUUAUGUUUUUCGUCUUGGAACAUUUUGACCUAGCGUUAUGACAUUUGUGUAGGAUGUUUGUAUCAUUGUAAAAGCGUCAAAUUUUCCACACACUUUCUGUUCAGAUGUUACUUUCUCUUUUGUUUUAAUUUUUUUUUUAAGAGAUCACGUUUUUGCUGUUCCUUCUGCCGCUGUCUCUGGAAAAGGAAUCUUUCGCUGUUGGUGGAAAUCACGUCUUUUCUUCCUUCCCUACAACCAAAAAAAAAGGGAAGAAAAGGGGGUCCAACUUUGAGUCCAGUUUGUUGGUACUUGUGCCUUCGCAUGCCAUUUUACUGCGGUCGUAGUCCCAAUGCUUGUUCUGUUGCCUGCUGAAUUGUUCUAAACAUUAAGAGGUAAACUGUUUUCAUAUGUUAAGUGUCCCUGCUAUCUUCUAUGUGCACACAACUGAGCUAUCAGGAGGAGGUGGAAGGAUUCACUCUGGUCUAAAAGGUACAUGGGUCUUCAUGGUGACCAACAUGUAGCCUCCACAGUCCCCUACCCCCACCCCACCCUCCAGCCAUGACAAUGAGAGGCCUAUUGGCUAAUCACACAGUACAAUACUGAGAUGUAUAUUGUUACAAUUACCCCAAAGAUAAGGGGUUCUGGUUUUUAAACAGUGUACAAAAUAUCCAUUCUUCCCUAACAUAUGGAAAAUGGUGAGCUGAGGCGCUGAGCUUGUAACACGCUUAAGUGUUAAAGUACAAAGACCAGAGUAAGGCACAUUUUAAUGUAUAUUUUAAUGUAUUCAGAGGUGAGUUUUUGGUGUUAAGGAGAGAAACAUUGACCCACAGAAAAAGACGGUUGAGGCAAGAAUUGUUUAAAGGUUCAGACGCAUUCUUGGAUCCUAGUAAGUGAUGGUUUGAAGCUUUUUAUUCAGGCGAUGGUCAAGGGAGCCUGGUCUGUGAUGCUGAGAUCAGUACUGCUUUGCCAAGAGGGGUGAUGAAUUCGGUCCCGGAUCUGUUCAUGUAACGAAACUGCCACAACUGUCAAUGUAUGUGUAUGUUCUCCACAGAUGGAGAAUCUUUGUAGACUCAUCUCCCUUAUUUUGCUAAUAAAAACCAUUUACAAACCA